AUGGCCCCCUCAAACCAGCCCAUUACGCAGGCUCUCCUCGCCCGGGCACACUCUCCCGACAGCGCCAACCGCCUCUUUUCCGAGAAAAUCCAGUACAGACCGCUCUACCUUAGACCAAGCUCGCCACCACCACCGUCAAACGCCCGAGAGACCCGUCGCAAGGCCCGCAAAGAAUCAAAAAGGAAACAAAAGCUCAAGCCGAAGCCACUCUCGGCUCGCGAAAGACACAGGCGGGGCCUUUACGAAGUACCUCGCGAGGGCCAAAAAUACUCCAUCUUCGAGCCCCUCCACCGCCUUUGGCUGGGCUACAUUGAGGAAAUACUGGGCUCUGAGCUCUAUAACGGCGGCCCUUCUGCGUCGGCAAAACUAAGCGCUGCUGAAUUCCACGGGGCUGCGGUUGAAGUGUCGCGUAGCUCUUGCCCGAGCAGGGUUGGCAUCAAGGGCAUUAUCAUCAAGGACGGCAAGUUUGCGUUCGAGAUCAUAACCCCAAAAAAUGACAUCAAGAUUGUCCCAAAGGAGGGCACAUGGUUCAAAUUCGAGAUACCCAUCAAGGAGCCGGAUACGGAGGCUGUCGCGCAAGGCACCCCUCGCCAAUUCGUUUUCGAGGUUCUCGGUGACCAAUUUCUGAUGCGCGGGGCGGAUCGCGCAAACAAAAAGUUCAAACCUCACUACCUAAAAAACUUAUGA